UCGCGGCAUGACGCUACUCUUCACGUGAGAUCGAGAUAUGCGAGUAUAUCAACUUGGAUCUGAGUAUACUUGAGUGGUAUCUGGAUGCUUGGUAGCCUCGGGACCAGCACAUAGCUUCGAUUGCACACACUUUGGGAAAUUGCCUUAUCUUUGCGAGCCCCAUAUCUACUCGAAACCUUUAUCCGCCUUACUGAUUUGUUUUCCUUGCUGGUUUCGCAAUACCCACCAGACAGUAAAAUGGUGCAGCCCGAUCGUAACACAAGAUGGACGUCGGAACGCGGGACGCGUCCAGUGCGCAUUGCCAACUGCUCUGGCUAUAAAGCGGAUCCCGGCUACCACAUGAGAUUUCAGGCCGAACUGGGCGAUGUGGACUUCAUCACGGGCGACUAUCUAGCUGAAGUCAAUAUUGCCGAGAAUGCUCAAGCACAUGCUGCAGGCCAGCAUCCAGGUUGGGAGCAGACCUGCUGGGAUGGCAUCGAGCAGACAGUAGACUUACUCGCAGAAAAGAGAAUCAAAAUUGUUGUCAAUGGCGGGGCGCAUAAUCCUAAAGGGCUGGCGGAGAAAGUGCAAGAGUUGGUGUCGGGCAAAGGUCUGGACCUGAAAGUCGCUUAUGUAUCUGGGGACAAUUUAAUCGAGGAGAUGAAAGAUAUAAGAUCGAAGGGCUUGCCACCGCAUCUGGAUUCCGAUAAUGGCGAGGUACAGUAUGCGAAUCAUACCCUUGAUCUCAUGGAAAAAGAGAACAAGCCAAUCGUAAGCGCGAAUGUGUACCUCGGGGCACGGGAGAUCGUGAAAGGCCUUGAAGAGGGUGCAGAUAUCAUCAUCACUGGGAGGGUGGCCGAUGCUAGUCCAGUCAUCGGAGCAGCGUGGUACUGGUACUCGUGGUCUGACACCGACUACGACCGACUCGCUGGAGCACUGAUCGCGGGACACCUCAUUGAAUGCUCUGGCUAUGUUACUGGGUCUAACUUUGCUGGCUUUACAGAGUACGAUCUUGACGAGCUGUACGAUAUUACGUUUGGUAUUGCGGACGUGGAAAGAGAUGGGACGUGUGUGAUAACGAAACACGAUGCGAGGAAGGGUUUCGUGACUGAAGAUACGGUGAAGUGCCAAUUUCUUUACGAGCUACAAGGAAAUAUAUAUCUUAACAGCGAUGUCAAAGCUAUCUUGGAUGAUGUCCAAGUGCAGCGACAGGAGGGAAAGAACCGUGUCCGCUUGUGGGGUAUCAGAGGUGCUCCUCCCCCUCCGACGACCAAGCUCGCCAUUUUCUACAAUGCGGGCUACCAGUCGGAGAUCGUCAUCAAUGCCACCGGAUACGGUACGACCGAGAAGUUCGACCUGUACGAACGCAUGCUGAGAUUCGGGCUGAAACGCCUGGGCAUCCACGACCAAUUUGACGUCCUCGAGUUUCAGCGCAUCGGCAUCCCAGAGCCUAAUCCGCGAAGCCAGCUGAGAAGCACUUCGUACCUUCGUAUUUUUGCUGAGAGUGGUGACCCCAAGAUUAAUUUGGGGCUCGCAAGCUUGCUCGGAGAAUUCGCGAUGCAGCAUUUCUCAGGGUUCCAUGCUACGUCAGACCACCGCACAGCGAUCCCGCGGCCAUAUAUCUCCUACUAUCCAGCUAUAUAUCCACAGUCGGACUUGAAGACCUCGAUCAAUAUCCUCGAACCAUCUAAGAGCGUUGCCGCAACUAGGACGACGAACAUACCAACAACACCACCCCCGAAGUUUGAAGAACUGGCGAAACGCGCAUCAUACGAUACGACUUCCCCAAUCCCGCUUGAGCAGUUUGGUCUCACAAAACCGGCUCGCAUCGGCGAUGUAGUACUUGCACGUUCCGGCGAUAAAGGCGCUAAUGCGAACAUUGGCUUCUUCAUACCCACAUCCCUACCAUCUUCAUACCCCCCAUCUUCUCCGCUCUAUGCGCAAUCAUGGGACUGGCUGCGCUCGUUUCUCACGAUUGCUAAGCUGAAAGAGAUGAUGGGCGAAAGCUGGGACGAUGCUUUUCACGUCGAGAGAGUCGAGUUUCCAGGCAUCAUGGCAGUGCAUUUUGUAGUCUACGGGGUUUUAGGCCGGGGCGUGAGUGGAAGCUCCAGAUUAGAUUCAUUUGCCAAGGGGAUGGGUGAUUGGCUGAGGGACGUUGUCGUUGAAGUACCUGUCAUUUUCCUGGAUGGUCGGAAGAAGAACAAAACAGAAAGGCAAAGACUAUAGUGUCAAUGGAAUGGAAUGAUCCAUGAUGAUAUUUUAUAACCUAUCAAGCUAUCAAAAAGAACGAUGCAGCAUCGAUCUAUUUGCUGAUGCACGCUAAAUGUGGCAGGCAACUCUCUUAGUGCCCAUUGUACUCCCUAGCCAACUUGCUCCUGGCUCUGAGCAUGUGUCCGUACUUGAACAUCACGAACGGAAUCAAGCUGAGGAGGGUACCGAACAGAGCUAGGAUGAGUCCAGCGUACUGACUCCCCACAUUGUGGAAGAAGGCGUUGGCGAA